AGCCUCACUCCAAAAUUUCCUUAUCUCUUGCUAAAUUUUCUCGAUUAUUGACGAAGAUAUUGGUGGAUAAGAUUACCGAUGGUUGCCCACCGUCCCACGCUCUAGAGCUCGCAAAUUACAUGCACAGAGGAACCCAUCUCUCUCUCUCUCUCUCUCUCUCUCUCUCUCUCUGCAAGAACUCGACUGAAGUUCGAAGGAAAUUCCUCUUAGAAUUGUGGAAGAGGAUCAGAAUAGAAGUUCAGAUAGCCUCUCUAAAUCUGAGGCAUUCAAGAAUUCAUAAAGACAGAGUUAGAAGGUACUCAUGGGAGAGGCCAGUAAAGAGCGAGCUGAUUCGGGGACCAUCAACAAGCAUGAAGAAGGAACAGAUUCUGUUACAAAUGAAUGGGUUCAGGAAUUGCGGACCAAGGGAAGAAAUGAAGAUGAUGAGAUACAACUGUAUCCAGAGCCAGAAUCUACCCUUUGCAGUUCAUGCCUAAGCAAUAUCAAUUGCCGCACUGUACGCUCAAGAACAAAACUAAUGAACAUCCUGAUAGAGAGGGGGAAACCCCAGGAAGCCCUGAACAUUUUCAAUAGCUUGAUUGAAGGGGGGCAUAUACCUUCUCUGAUAACUUACACCACUCUUUUAGCUGCUUUGACCUAUCAAAAGCGCUUCAACUCCAUACACUCAAUUAUCUGUCAAGUGCAGAAAAAUGGGAUGAAGCCAGAUUCUGUUUUCUUUAAUGCUGUCAUCAAUGCUUUUUCUGAAUCUGGAAACAUGGAGGAGGCCAUGAAAACUUUCCAGAAGAUGAAGGAGAAUGGAUUUAUGCCCACUACUAGCACAUUCAACACUUUGAUUAAGGGGUAUGGUAUUGCUGGUAAGCCUGAAGAGUCUAUAAAAGUGCUAGAGGCAAUGUCCCAAGAGGAAAAUGUGAAACCCAACCUUAGGACUUACAACGUACUAGUAAGAGCUUGGUGUAACAAGAAGAAAGUUGCAGAGGCAUGGAAUGUAGUAUAUGAAAUGAUAACAUUAGGUUUGCAACCUGAUGUUGUUACUUACAACACUAUAGCAACAACUUAUGCUCAAAAUGGAGAGACAGAUCGAGCUGAAGGUGUGAUUUUAGAGAUGCAGAACCAGAAUGUGCAGCCCAAUGAACGAACUUGUGGUAUCAUAAUUGGUGGUUAUUUUAAAGAAGGCAAAAUAAAGGAUGCUAUGAGUUUUGUGUAUAGGAUGAAGGAGUUUCAAGUGCGUCCUAAUCUUGUUGUGUUCAAUUCACUGAUCAAGGGAUUUCUGGACAUGGACGAUAGUGAGGGUGUUGAUGAGGUUCUGACAUUGAUGGAAGAAUUCGGAGUCAAGCCAGAUGUUAUAACUUUUAGCACCAUCAUGAAUGCUUGGAGUGCUGCAGGAUUUAUGGACCGGUGUAAGGCAAUCUUUGAUGACAUGGUGAAGGCUGGCAUAGAACCUGAUGCCCAUGCGUAUAGCAUUCUUGCCAAAGGCUAUGUGCGUGUACAGAAACCCGAGCAAGCUGAACAGCUUCUGACAGACAUGGUUAAAUCCGGUGUCCGCCCAAAUGUUGUGAUCUUCACGACCAUCAUAAGUGGAUGGUGCAGUGCUGGGAGAAUGGAUUCUGCAAUCAGGGUUUUCGAGAAGAUGUGCGAAUAUGGAAUAUCCCCGAAUUUGAAGACUUUUGAAACUUUGAUUUGGGGGUAUGCUGAAGCCAAGCAGCCAUGGAAAGCAGAAGAAAUGCUCCAUCUCAUGAAAAGUUAUGAUGUCCAGCCUGAGAAAUCCACUUUCAAGCUAGUUGCAGAAGCUCGCCGUGCCGCUGGAUUGACUGGAAAUGCAAACAGAACUAUUCUAGGUAUCAAUGGUAAUCAUGAUGCAAUUCAACAAUUAGACGUGAAUGACGAGAUGCCGGUGGACAGCUUGGAGGGAGUUUAUCACAAAGAAGUUAUGAAUUCGUAUUCCAAUCAAUUUCAUGUAUCAAGCAUGAGUAUUAGCGAUCAGAAAGGAUCAGCUGCCUCGACCAAAAGAAGCCGGAUGGUGCUGAAAGAAGCUGAACACUCAUCAGAUCCUCUGUGGAGCUCUAUAAGAUCCAUGCAUGUUACCUGUAAAUCCGGAGCAAGAAUGCCGAUCAUUUGCCAGAAGCAGUCGCAAGGGCAGCUUUUCAUGUGCGGUCAGCUCGCAAACUCGUGUACAGUUGUGUUCUUGAACUAGACCAAAGCAGUCUCGUUACAGAAGCUUGUAAUCGCACCAGAACAGUAGCUGAGGAGGAGAUUGCAAUUGACUUGUACAUAGCCAUAGGGAUGACCAUCUUCGCCACAUCACAUGAACGAACGUCUCAGGUACUCGACACAGUUAAGAAUCAGCUGUUGUUACUGAUCAUAUAAAAUCUUAAUAACCAUGCAAAUUUGCUUACUGUGCAGUUUUUCGAAUUUGUUGUAAGACGGGCAUUUGAAUCUUCUGUGAAGCUAAUGACAAUGUUUCUCUCUCUCUCUCUCUUAU